AUGGCCAAGAAUGCUCCCUUCAGCUCUGUUUUUUCUCUGUUUUUCUUGUUCUUUGUGCUUGGGAAAUUUUCCGCCAUGGCAGAAAACACAACGAUCCCAGUUAAUGUGGGUGUGGUUAUUGACUCUGAUACAUGGUAUGGGAAGAUGGGGCUGAGCUGCAUCAGCAUGGCUCUCUCUGACUUCUAUGCCUCUCAUUCUAGCUACAAGACAAGGCUGGUUCUGCACAAAAGAAACCCUACUUCAGAUGUUGUUGUUACAGCUUCUGCAGCUCUAGACCUAAUAAAGAAUGUUGAGGUGCAAGCCAUCAUAGGUCCGGAAACAUCAAUGCAGGCCAACUUUGUAAUCAGCCUUGGAAACAAAGCCCAAGUUCCCAUAAUCUCAUAUUCAGCAACAAGCCCAUCUCUCACUUCAAUCAGGAGUUCAUACUUUUUCAGAGCUGCACAAAAUGACUCAACUCAAGUAAAAGCCAUGAGUGCCAUCAUCCAAGCCUUUGGCUGGAGAGAAGUAGUUGCCAUCUAUGUUGACAAUGAGUUUGGGGAGGGAGUCAUACCUUCCCUCUCUGAUGCUCUGCAAGAAGUUGAUGCUCGAAUCGCCUACCGGAGUGUCAUUUCUCCAAAGGCCACUGAUGACCAAAUUGUUGCUGAGCUUUACAAAUUGAAGGAAAUGGAAACUCAGGUCUUCAUUGUGCACAUGUUUGCUGAUCUUGGUUCUCGGCUGUUCGACAAGGCGAAACAGAUUGGCAUGAUGGAUGAAGGGUAUGCUUGGAUAAUGACUGAUGGAAUCACCAACUCAUUUAGUCACAUAAAUUCCUCUGACAUAGAAAAUAUGGAAGGGGUGUUGGGUAUAAAAACUUUUGUCCCAAAUACAAAAGCGCUUGAAAGUUUUGGAGUUAGAUGGAAAAGUAAAUUCCAACAGGACAAUCCAACUGUCCAUGAUGUUAAGUUGGAUGUUUUUGGAUACUGGGCUUAUGAUGCUGCUUGGGCACUGGCCAUGGCAGUUGAGAAAGUAGGGGCUAAAAACUUCAACUUUCAAAAGAUGAAUAGUACAUCUGGUAAUUCCAGUACUGAUCUAGAAAGAUUUGGGGUCUCUCAAAAUGGUCCUCAACUUGUCCAAGCGCUAUCAGGUACCAUUUUCAAAGGCCUUUCAGGAGAUUUCAGUCUUUUUAAUGGCCAACUACAAUCAUCAACAUUUCAGAUAGUUAAUGUGAUUGGCAGUGGGGGAAAAUUGGUUGGAUAUUGGACACCUGAAAAGGGGCUUGAAAGAAAAUUAAAUUUGACAAACACAAGCACAUAUUCUACUUCUAAUGUUAGUCUUGGAUCAAUCGUUUGGCCUGGAGAUACCACCUCUGCUCCAAAGGGUUGGCAGAUUCCUACAAGUGGUAAAAGGCUGAAAAUUCUAGUCCCUUUAAAGAAAGGAUUUUCAGAAUUUGUGAAAGUGACACACAAUCUUAAGACUAAAACAACGAUCAUCGAUGGAUACUGCAUAAGCGUCUUCGAAGCUGUAAUAAAAUCGUUACCGUAUGAUGUUCCAUAUGAUUUAUAUCCUUAUGUAAAGCCUAAUGGUGAGAUUGCUGGCAGUUACAAUGACUUGGUCAAUGAAGUGUUUCUUGGGAACUAUGAUGCUGCAGUGGGAGAUAUAACCAUCAGAGCAAACAGAUCCUUAUAUGUUGACUUUACAUUACCAUACACAGAAUCUGGGGUGUCCAUGAUUGUGCCUAUCAAAGACAACAAAAGCAAGAAUGCAUGGGUGUUCUUGAAGCCUUUGACAUGGGAUCUUUGGGUAACAAGCGGUUGUUUUUUCAUAUUCAUUGGUUUUGUAGUCUGGGUUCUUGAACAUCGAAUAAACGAAGACUUUCGUGGACCUCCACAUCACCAAAUUGGGACAAGUUUUUGGUUCUCCUUCUCAACCAUGGUUUUUGCACACAGGGAGCGAGUUGUGAGCAACUUGGCUAGGUUUGUGGUGAUCAUAUGGUGCUUUGUUGUCCUGAUACUGACUCAAAGUUACACUGCAAGUUUGACCUCUCUUUUAACAGUUCAACAGCUCCAACCAACUGUUACUGAUGUAAACUUGCUCCUCAAACAUAAGGACAAUGUUGCCUAUCAACCAGAUUCUUUUGUUUAUGGGAUUUUGAAAGAACUAGGAUUUCAGGAUGAAAAUCUUAAGCCCUUUAAUACACCAGAAGAGUUGAACCAACUUUUUCAAAAUGGGAGUAGAAAAUAUGGCAUUUCUGCAGCAUUUGAUGAAACACCCUACAUGAAACUGUUUCUUGCAACAUAUUGCUCCAAAUACACCAUGGUUGAUCCGACAUUUAAAGCCGAUGGUUUUGCUUUUGUCUUCCCAAAAGGCUCCCCUCUUGCUCGCGACGUUUCACAGGGAAUCUUAAAUGUGAACGAGGGAAACCAAAUGAAAGUCAUUGAGGAUAGGUGGUUCAAGAAAAAAAAUUGUGUAGACCCCAACAGCUUGGUCUCUUCCAAUAGUCUCAGCCUUGAGAGCUUCUGGGGCCUCUUUCUCAUUGCUGGUGUUGCUUCAACACUAGCUCUGCUCAUCUUUGCUGCCAUGUUCUUGUAUGAACACAAGGAGAUCUUCAAGCAACUCGAUCCAGAGGCCUCAUUGUGGAAAAGAUUUCUUAUCAUGUUAAGAAUUUACGACAACAAGGACCUCAAGUCGUUUACUUUUAAGAAGAGAGAACUUGAAGUUAACACCAACUUCCACCCAAGCCCAUCAGUCUAUUCAGACCAUACUGAAGCACGCAAUGUGUUUGGGGAGCAGAUGAGAUCACCUUCUUCUGCUGAUCUUGAGCAUGCUGGUUUCAGUCCUGGAGCAUCAACCAGCAGAUCAGAGAUGGAAUUAGCCAUUGAGAUUACUGAGAGACCAAGAACUCAUGAGAUUGACCCAGGAAGCAACUGA